UCUACGGUCUCCUCACAACCCCAAUUUUUAUUGGCGAUGGCUUCCUCCACAGAUGGCGCUGCCGGGCGCGGCGAUGGCGAUGGAGACGAUUCCAAGAGCAGCGCUGCCGUUCUUCCAGAUCAUUUCGUCCCGGAGAGCACGAAUCUCCCAGCUUACUCUUGCGUGAUCAAGGGGGUGGGCGAUGCGAUGUCGGGCGCCGUCAUGGGCAGCGUCUUUGGUUUUGGCACUGGGCUGUUCCAGAAGAAGGGUUUCAAGGGAGCUCUCCACUCUGGUGCUUCAUCCGCCAAGACCUUCGCGAUUCUAUCCGGCAUACAUGGAUUUGUGACGACUCUCCUGAUCCAAAUCCGUGGAAAGAAAGAUGCGAUCAAUGCUGGAAUCGCUGGUUGUGCCACCGGCAUUGCUCUCAGCGCUCCAGGGAAUCCAGCAGCGCUCUUGCAAGGCUGCGCAACGUUUGGGGUGUUCUCCUACUUUGUGGAAAGGAUGAACACCACCCAGCCAGCGAUCGCAGCGACGCUAACCGGCAAGAAAAAAUCCAGGGACAAAAAUCGCGGCAAAGAGCUCCAUGGAUUCCCGGUGCUGCCGCCAUUCACUCUCGCUCCAGCUUUCAUGGACGGCUACCACGCUCUAAAUCUCCCCAAAUUGCAGCUACUGAGCUUCGGCAACGAGCACAGCAGCGCAAAGUUUUUGUAAAACUCUCGAGUGUAAAGUUUAGAUUUUGCUUCAAUCGCAGCCGUUGAAUCUAAAACCAAUCUCGGCCGCUGAUCUAAACCAA